AUAACGCAUUGCUGCUUACAGUCCAGUUUCUCUGAGGAAAAGAGUAAAUAAAAAACAAGAGUCACAGGAGAGUCUUCAUUCCACAAGAGCUCCAGGAACCAUGCUGGAGAAGUUCUGCAACUCUACAUUUUGGAAUUCUUCAUUCUUGGAUAGCCCAGAAGCGGACCUGCCACUUUGUUUUGAGCAAACUGUUCUGGUGUGGAUUCCUUUGGGUUUCCUUUGGCUCCUGGCUCCUUGGCAGCUUCUUCAUGUGUAUAGAUCUAAGAUCAAGAGAUCUCCUAUAACCAAACUCUACCUCACUAAGCAGGUGCUUGUUGGCUUUCUUCUUAUUCUAGCAGCCAUAGAGCUGGCCCUUGUACUCACAGAAGACUCUGGACAAGCCACAGUCCCUGCCAUUAGAUACACCAAUCCAAGCCUUUACCUGGGUACAUGGCUCCUGGUUUUGCUGAUCCAACACAGCAGGCGAUGGUGCAUACAGAAGGAUUCUUGGUUCCUCUCCCUAUUCUGGAUUCUCUCAGUACUCUGUGGUGUUUUCCAAUUUCAGACUCUGAUCCGGACACUCUUAAAGGGCAGCAAUUUUAACCUGGCCUAUUCCUGCCUGUUCUUCAUCUGCUAUGCACUACAGAUCCUGAUCCUGAUCCUUUCAGCAUUUUCAGAAAAAGAUGCCUCCUCAAAUAAUCCAUCAUUCACAGCCUCAUUUCUGAGUAGCAUUACGUUUAGUUGGUAUGACAGCAUCAUUUUGAAAGGCUACAAGCAACCUCUGACACUUGAAGAUAUCUGGGAUGUCAAUGAAAAGAUGAAAACCAAGACACUGGUCAGCACGUUUGAAAAACACAUGGUAGGAGAGCUGCAGAAGGCCAGGAAGGAACUCCAGAGACGGCAGCGGAGGAAGUCCCAGGGGAACACUGGAGACAGGCUGCAUGGACUGAACAAGAAUCAGAGUCAAAGCCAAGAUAUCCUUGUCCUGGAAGAAGUUAAAAAGAAAAAAAAGACGUCUGGGACAACAGAAAACUUUCCCAAGUCCUGGUUGGUCAAGGCUCUCUUCAAAACUUUAUACGGCAUACUCUUGAAAUCAUUCUUCCUGAAGCUGGUGCACGACCUCCUCAUGUUUCUGAACCCUCAGCUGCUGAAGUUGCUGAUCUCCUUUGCAAAUACCCGAGACAUGUAUGCGUGGACCGGGUAUCUCUAUUCAGUCCUCUUCUUUGUGGUGGCCCUCGUGCAGUCUCUCUGCCUUCAGGGCUACUUUCAAAUGUGCUUCAUGCUGGGCGUCACUGUGCGGACAACCAUCAUGGCGUCCAUAUACAAGAAGGCGCUGACCCUAUCCAACCAGGCCAGGAAGCAGUACACUGUUGGAGAAACAGUGAACCUGAUGUCUGUGGAUGCCCAGAAGCUCAUGGAUGUGACCAGCUACCUUCAUCUGCUGUGGUCAAAUGUUCUCCAGAUUACUUUAUCCAUCUACUUCCUAUGGACCGAGCUGGGACCCUCUGUCUUAGCGGGUGUUGGGGUGAUGAUACUCCUAAUUCCAGUUAAUGGGAUACUUGCCUCUAAGAGCAGAGCUAUUCAGGUAAAAAAUAUGAAAAAUAAGGACAAACGGCUAAAGAUCAUGAAUGAAAUUCUCAGUGGGAUGAAGAUCUUGAAAUAUUUCGCCUGGGAAACUUCAUUCAAAAACCAAGUUCAUGGACUUCGGAAGAAAGAGCUCAAGAACCUGCUGACCUUUGGGCAGAUGCAGUCCAUGAUGAUGUUUCUCUUAUACUUAACUCCAGUCCUGGUGUCUGUGAUCACGUUUUCAGUUUACACUCUGGUGGACAGCAAUAAUAUUUUGGAUGCAGAAAAGGCCUUCACCUCCAUCACCCUCUUUAAUAUCCUGCGCUUUCCCCUGAGCAUGUUUCCCAUGGUCAUCUCCUCCAUUCUCCAGGCCAGUGUUUCCAGAGACCGGCUAGAAAAGUACUUGGGAGGGGACGACUUGGACACGUCCGCCAUUCGCCAUGACUGCCAUUUCGACAAAGCUGUGCAGUUUUCAGAGGCCUCCUUUACCUGGGACCAGGACUCUGAAGCCACAAUCCGAGAUGUGAACCUGGACAUUAUGCCAGGCCAGCUGGUGGCUGUGGUGGGCACUGUGGGCUCUGGGAAGUCAUCCUUGAUGUCAGCCAUGCUGGGAGAAAUGGAAAAUGUCCACGGGCACGUCACCAUCAAGGGCACCGUAGCCUAUGUCCCCCAGCAGUCCUGGAUACAGAAUGGCACCAUAAAGGACAACAUCCUCUUUGGAUCCGAGUUUGAUGAAAAGAGAUACCAGCAGAUUCUGGAGGCCUGUGCCCUCCUGCAAGACUUGGAGGUGUUGCCUGGUGGAGACCUGGCUGAGAUUGGAGAGAAGGGUAUAAAUCUCAGUGGGGGUCAGAAGCAGCGGAUCAGCCUGGCCAGGGCUACCUAUCAGAAUUCAGACAUCUACGUUCUGGAUGACCCCCUGUCAGCCGUGGAUGCUCAUGUGGGAAAACAUAUUUUCAAUAAGGUCUUGGGUCCCAAUGGCCUAUUGAAAGGCAAGACUCGACUCUUGGUUACGCACAGCAUUCACUUUCUUCCCCAAGUGGAUGAGGUCGUGGUUCUGGGGCAUGGCACCAUCUUGGAGAAGGGAUCCUACAGCUCUCUGCUGGCCAAGAAAGGUUCAUUUGCUAAGAUUCUGAAGACAUUCACAAAACAGACGGGUCCUGAGGAAGAGGCCACAGUCAAUGAGGACACUGAAGAUGAUGAUGACUGUGGGCUGAUGCCCAGUGUGGAGGAAAUCCCUGAGGAUGUGGCCUCCUUAGCCACAAAAAGAGAGAACAGCCUCCAUCGAACACUCAGUCGCAGUUCUAGGUCCAGUAGCAGGCAUCGGAAAUCCCUAAGAAACUCUUUGAAAACUCGGAAUGUGAAUACCCUCAAGGAGGAAGAAGAAACAGUGAAAGGACAAAAACUAAUUAAGAAGGAAUUCAUACAAACUGGAAAGGUGAAGUUCUCCAUCUACCUCAAGUACCUAGGAGCAAUAGGAUGGUAUUCGAUAUUCUUCAUCAUCUUGGCCUAUGUGAUCAAUUCUGUGGCUUAUAUUGGAUCCAACCUCUGGCUCAGUGCUUGGACCAAUGACUCUAAAACCUAUAAUGGCACUGACUAUCCAGCGUCUCAGAGAAACCUGAGAAUUGGCGUCUAUGCAGCUCUGGGAUGCGUGCAAGGUGCAUUUGUGCUCAUAGCAAAUCUCUGGAGUGCCCAUGGUUCUACUCACGCAUCAAACAUCCUUCAUAGGCAACUGCUAAGCAGUAUCCUUCGAGCACCCAUGAGUUUCUUUGACACAACGCCCACAGGCCGGAUUGUGAACAGGUUUGCUGGGGAUAUCUCCACAGUGGAUGACACCCUUCCCUUAUCCUUGCGCAGCUGGAUAUUGUGCUUCCUGGGAAUAGUCAGCACCCUUGUCAUGAUCUGCACGGCCACUCCAAUCUUCGUCGUCGUCAUCAUUCCUCUUGGCAUCAUUUAUGUGUCUGUUCAGAUAUUUUAUGUGGCCACUUCCCGCCAGCUGAAACGCCUGGACUCUGUCACCAGGUCCCCAAUCUACUCUCACUUCAGUGAGACAGUGUCAGGUUUGUCCGUCAUCCGUGCCUUUGAGCACCAGCAGCGAUUUCUGCAACACAAUGAGAGGCAGAUUGACACCAACCAGAAAUGUGUCUUCUCCUGGAUUGUCUCCAACAGGUGGCUUGCAAUUCGUCUGGAGCUGAUUGGGAACCUGAUUGUCUUCUUUUCAUCCCUGAUGAUGGUUAUUUAUAAAGAUAACCUACGUGGAGACACUGUGGGCUUUGUUUUGUCCAAUGCGCUUAAUAUCACACAGACCUUGAACUGGCUAGUGAGGAUGACGUCAGAAAUAGAGACCAACAUUGUGGCUGUUGAAAGAAUAAAUGAGUACAUAAAAGUGGAAAACGAGGCACCCUGGGUGACUGAUAAGAGACCUCCCCCAGGUUGGCCCAGCAAAGGGGAGAUCCAGUUUAACAACUACCAAGUGCGGUACCGGCCGGAGCUGGAUCUUGUACUGAGAGGGAUCACUUGUGACAUUAGGAGCAUGGAGAAGAUUGGUGUGGUCGGCAGGACAGGAGCUGGGAAGUCUUCCUUGACAAAUGGCCUCUUCAGAAUCCUCGAGGCUGCAGGUGGCCAGAUCAUCAUUGAUGGAGUAGAUAUUGCUUCCAUUGGGCUCCAUGACCUCCGAGAGAAGCUGACCAUCAUCCCCCAGGAUCCCAUCCUGUUCUCUGGAACCCUGAGGAUGAACCUAGACCCUUUUAACAACCACUCAGAUGAGGAGAUUUGGAAGGCCCUGGAGCUGGCUCACCUCAAAUCCUUUGUGUCUGGCCUGCAACUUGGGUUGUCUCAUGAAGUGACAGAAGCUGGUGACAACCUUAGCGUAGGACAGAGGCAACUGCUGUGCCUGGCCCGGGCUCUGCUUCGGAAAUCCAAGAUUCUGAUCAUGGACGAGGCCACCGCUGCCGUGGAUCUGGAGACUGAUCGCCUCAUCCAGACAACCAUCCAAAAGGAGUUCUCCCACUGCACCACCAUCACCAUCGCUCACAGGCUGCACACCAUCAUGGACAGCGACAAGAUAAUGGUCUUAGACAACGGGAAGAUUGUAGAGUAUAGCAGCCCUCAAGAACUGCUGAGAAAAUCGGGUCCCUUUUAUUUGAUGGCCAAAGAGGCUGGCAUUGAAAGUGUGGAUAGUACAUCACUCUGACAGUAGGUCCCACGGGUUGGGAAAGGACUGUAGGGAUCAUGUCUGAUUUUUUGUGAGCACAGUCACACAGAAGUGUGUAAAAUGUACAUUCUAAAGCAGGAUCACAUUCUAUCCAGCCACAGUAGAACCCCCCAACCCCGCUGUGAUGAUCCCAUUUUGAUUAUAUUUCCUUCCUACUUACCUUCCCAGAGAUAACUCCUAUCCUGAAUUUUGUGAUAAUCAUUUUCUCUUGCUUUUCACUUUAGUUUUACUACUUGGUCUGUACCCUUAAACAAGGUGUAUCUUUUUUAAUUUAUGUAAAUGGCCUGACUCAUACUUGACAUAUUCUUCUCUGGCUUUUGUUCAGUAUUAUUUUAUUAACGAUCCAUCUGUGUCAGUGCACACAGUGAGGCUGGUUCAUUCCUGCAGCAAGGCAGGGUGUGAAUAUGCCACCAUGUAUCCAUUGUCAUGCUGCUCAGUAGGGUUAUUGCUAGGGGUUUUCUCCCAUUAUGAACAAUAGUGCCAGGAACAUUCUGGUAUAUUACCCCGAGAUACAUGUUUAAGAGUUUCUUUAGGAUGUAGUGUAGGAAUGUGGGUUAGGCACAUGCUUAUGUGCAUCCACCCACUAGGUAACGCCAAACUGAAUGCCAAUUCAAUACACUUUUUAUCAGUUUCCCUGGUUACUACUGAGAUUUCUGCUGGUUCUUAUUCAUGGUGCUUUGUUUCCUUGUGUGCCUUGUGAAUUUUGACUGUGAGCUGCUCACUCCCAGCAUUUUAUCUGUGGGCAUUCUUUGAAAGCUGAGCUCCCUGGGAAAGCGUUUGCCUGUCCCUUGGGGGCAUUACCCAGAACUGAUUUGAAUUAAAUUCUCUACUAGGGGUUUCAAACCAUAUAGUUAGUGGGACUUCAGACAAUAAUCUGGCACAAGAACCAACUUGUGGUUUACAAAUUCCAAAGGCAGUUUCCUCUCCUUACCAUAGUGUCUAGCUGGAGAUAGACACAUUGCCUUGUUGACUCCUCCUGCAGGGUGCGGUUGAUUUCUCGGUUAUCUGUAUUACUACAGAUAAAGGCUUAUAUAGCUUUGCCUCCAGGUUUAUCAGAGGGUCUCCUGUUAUACUCUUUAUCUUGACAGGCGUUGGCUUUAUCUCUUGCCUUGGCAUCCUGUAUUGUCAACGAAGGUCAAAGUCUUGAGGCUUCAGAAGUCACCCUAAGCUUUGCCCCUUCUUAUCUUCCAGGGGUAUUUUUGUGUGUGUGUCCCAUUACUUUGGGUUCAGUAUAUUCUUUACUUCCAUUUCAGUGAUGAAAUUAUAUUUUUCUUUAUUCAUCAUGUUGACUGUUGAAUGAGAUGCUCAGAGACCGAAACGUCCUGUAGGAAGAGCAGAAUAGCUGCGAGGCUGGGGGAGGAAGGGGUUUUUCCUAUUCGCUUUGUUCAGCAGCAUCACCCUGGCAGUGUUGUCUGCAGGGCAGGUUAUAACCAGCAGCAGUGCAGACUUCAGUUUGUCCUGUGCUUCUGGAAGCAGGGUCAUUGUGCUCCUCAGACACUAGCAGCGUGCCUUUUCAGAAGUCUGGGAGUUGGCUCUUUGAGGACCACCUAUGUUUUGUGGGAAUGCAGACCGCUCUCAUUUUGUUCUCAUAGACUUCCAAUGGCAGCUGCUUCUGGAAGGUGCUGGCUCUCUGAAACUUAUUUUCCUUUGGUCCUUUCUUCAAUGCCUGCUUAAUUCUUUAUAUGGUUCUGUUAAAAUAAUAUAAGGUUUCUGUCUCCCGACUAACCCAGCUGAUAGAACCCUUGGAGAUUAUCAGGUUCAAGUCUCUUAUUUUUCAGAAAAGCACAUAACCUACAAAUGGUCAGAGUAUCCAAAGUCAAAACAUGGGUAUUUCUGGCAGAGCCUGGACCAGAAAUCAAUUUGCUGAUUUUUUUCCUUCAAUGGCAAAGGUUUUUUGACCUACCUACUCCUACUGAUGCAAAUAAAGAGAAAGUAAAGGUCAUUCUUUUCUCAGAAGUGAUGACUAAGACAGGCAGUGAAACUGGUGGAAACCAGAACUAGCCUGAAUCUAAAACUUUGGUGAUGACUCCUCCCAUUUCAAAUCUUAUUGGCCCAGACCCUGGAUAACUGAAUCCCCACUCUGGGCCACUUAUAAUAUGAUUGCUCUUUCCUACUUUUAUUCCUGAAGGUCCCCUUCUUUCACUUGCCCUUGAAACAUUAAGAUAUUCUUAUAUUUUGGUCCUUGACCUCUAGCCCCUUCCUCCCAUCCAGUUUUGACAUUCAUAUGUUCAACUGAUACUCAGUUACUGCAGAUACUCAGACCUGAAUAUUCUUCAGGCAUCUGACCUCAACUCACCCUUCUUUGACAGAUGCUUCUACUCCCUCCACUCAAAAGAUUUUCCCUCUACUUACCUCCAGUGGUGACCUCAUUGUCCAUUCAGUCCUACAAAAGGAAAACCCUGGGCAUCACUCUUAACUUUUUCUCUUCUUCUCAGAUCGCAUUGACCACCCAGCCCUUCCAGUUUUCGGUCUUUAACCCCAUCCCUUUUGCUCUCAGAUUCUCAUAACGUCUAAGGGCAUAGGUAUCCGUGCAUCCUGUGUUGUUUUCUUAAAUAUAUCUCCCCAUGUCUAUUAGAGUGAUCAGAUAUGCAAAACUGCCCAGGUUACUCUUACUUUCCAGAGUAAAGUUAGAAUCCUGAGUAUGGUAUAACAGCUCCCCAGCAUCUGGUCCAAUCACAUUUCUUCUAAUUCCUGUUAAAGAAAGAGACAAGAAACCCAAAACGGGGUCACUUAUGCUAACUAAGCCUCAAGCCACCAAGCGGAGACUUAAUACUCACUUUUUAGUUUCAGCUCUUCCCAGGAAUGGAAUCUUAAACCAGUCAAUCCUACUGAGGUAAUCUGCCCAACAGACCCCUGUGUCCCCUAAAGGAAGGUGACCUGGCCACAACCACUCUAGUUUUUGCUAGUAUAAUUUCUGUGUCCCAUUCCCUUCUGCCUAUAAAAAGUCUUUCCAUUAAUUAGAUACAUCAGCACCGGGGAUACCAAGGCAGGGAUAUCUGGCAGUCACAGCUAUGACCAUCACAGCUGUUCUCUGUUGGUAGGGGUUCUGGCACCAGGGGCCAGGCCCUGGCCCGAUACUGAGCAUCCUUCCUGGGUUCAAAGACCCAAAUCGGGCUUUCUUCUUCUCCCAGAGAGUCAGUGAGCUAGCUGCUAUCAUUUGAAAACUUCCUUUCGGCUUAAGUUUUACCAGAAUUGGGAACUAUCGUUUACAACUCAAAAUACUCCCCAGCUAAUUUCUUAUUACUCUAUCACUUUGUCAGAUAAUUUUGUUUGGAUCUCCCUCACUAAGCUGUGAGCCUCUUGAAAACAGUUUUUUCCAGUAUUCAAAAAAAUCUUCAUAAAUAAAGCACACAUUUUCCCCAGUUGUAUAACAGUGCAGCAAAAGGGAAAGAAGCAUAACUCCACGUUGGUACACUGGCACGAACAGGAGGAAUAAACAUAACGAUCAAACCUUAA